CCUUCAAAAGCCUUGUUCAGAAGAGACAACCGACCUCACUCCUCUUCCUCAAACAAGGGCCCGACACAGGCCCAACCCCCUACUUGCCCCAGAAGCUGCCCCCGCGACUCGCCAGGCGGGACUAGCUCCGCCCACGCCGACAGCCUCCAGGGUUCGAAGGCCCCGCCCCCUUGGAGGAACUUCCCAAAAUCCUGCGCGGCGGGCGUCAGCUGCGCUAAGAUGGCGACUCCCAUGCAUCGGCUCAUAGCCCGGAGACAAGCUGAAGCAAAUAAGCAACAUGUGAGAUGUCAGAAAUGCUUGGAAUUUGGACACUGGACUUAUGAAUGCACAGGGAAAAGAAAGUACCUCCAUAGGCCUUCAAGAACAGCAGAACUAAAGAAAGCUUUAAAAGAAAAGGAAAACAGAUUAUUAUUACAACAAAGCAUUGGAGAAACUAAUGUAGAAAGAAAGACCAAGAAAAAAAGGUCUAAGAGUGUGACCAGUUCCAGUAGCAACAGCAGUGACAGUUCAGCCAGUGAUUCUUCAUCAGAGAGUGAAGAGUCGUCUACCUCUUCCUCCUCAGAGGACAGUGACACUGAUGAAAGCUCCUCCAGUUCUUCAUCUUCAUCCUCCACCAGCUCCUCCUCAUCCUCUGAUUCAGACUCAGAUUCCAGCUCUUCCAGUAGCAGCAGCACCAGCACAGAUAGCAGCUCUGAAGAUGAACCAUCACGGAAGAAGAAAAAGAAAUAGAAUUGCUCCAACCGUACUGGACUGAUGGACUGAAAACUUUAAUGUGAUUCUCAGAAGGGAAUUUAGAAUGUGUUAAGGCCAAAUAGAUUAACUGGUCAAAAUUUCUGGAGUCCAAAAGUUUCUAAAUGUUUUUCAUUGUAAGAACAUAAAGAGUAUUAGUAAUUGAUUAUAUUAUAAAGACUUUUUUAAGGGUAAAUCUUGUUUUUCUUUUUUAUCUUUAAAAUAUAUCUCUAAAAUUAAUCACAGCUGAAAUCCAAUAAAUUUAUGUUUUCUCCCUGUGAAAUAAAUGCCAUACUUUAUGAUAUGUUAGUGCUAUGUACCAGCCAUGUUUUUUGGAUAAUGCAUCAAAAUAUCUGACAGUGAAUUUUUAAAGCUUUUGGCUGUAUGUUAUUAUGUAAGAUUUAAUACAUUGUUACUAUAAGCUUAGGAGUUUUCCUACUGUUAAUAAAUGUGGUCUAUUUUUAUGUUUAUGUUCAGAAAGUUACUCUGACUUCUUGUCCUAAAUUGAAAGUUCAAGGAACCUAUUAAUAAAUUUAUACCUUUUGGAUGGUACAAAUUUCUAGUUACUGUAUCAUAUCAUUCAUUUUUUUCUGGUUCUUAGAGUUACCCUUUUCCGAGGAAAAUUAUUCUAGAGGAACUUUUAAAAGGGAACAAAAAUUCUUAAACUAUAUAGGGAUCUAAUCUUGGUUUUCUGUUGAUAAAUCCAGUGUAUCAAAAAAGAAAACAGUCAUUUGAAAAACUAAGUUGAGUUCCCAUCCUGGCUUCGUGGGUUAUGAACCCAACUAGUGUCCAUGAGGAUGUGGGAUUGAUCCCUGGUCUCAAUGAGUGGGUUAAGGAUCCACUGUUGCCAAGAGCUGUGGUAUAGGUCACAAAUGCAGCCCUUGGAUCCUGAGUUGCUGUGGCUGUGGCAUAAACUGGAAGCUACAGCUCCGAAGAAAAGCUAACUUAAGUAAAAGUGAUAUAAAUCCCUUUGUGUGUUAAUGUGCUACAAAAUACCAUUCAGAAGGGGAAAGAGGUAGGAAGAAGAGAGGUAAUUUUUACAGAAUAUUAGAGUAAUAUUGGUUGCCUUUUACUACAAUUUCUUUAAGUUUUCAUAGAGAUUGCCUUUUACCAUUUUGCAAUUGUGGUAUGACAGUUUUUGUGGUAACUGGUAAUAGAUGACAGUCUACUGCAUAAAUGUGAAUGAUUUGGAUUAAUCUGUUGCAGUUACAUGGUAUAUAAACAGUUGAAAUCUAGUGUGAAAGUUUAAAAAGAAAUACUGCACAAUAUUUCUUAAAAGUGAAAUACUCUGUCCUGGUGAAAUUAUUUGGUUUAACAUCAGAUUAUUUUGCGAGGUCUUUUGAACUUUUUGGAAAGUGGUAUCACUUGUAGAAAAAUUUUGAUUUGGGUUAAAUACAUUUUUUUAGUAUAGUAGAUUUAUAAUGUUCUGUCAAUUUCUGCUGUACAGCAGAGUGACCCAGUUAUACAUUUAUACACAUCUUUUUUUUUUUUUACAUUAUCUUCCACCAUGCUCCACCACAAGUGAUUAUAGUUCCCUGUGCUAUACAGCAGGAAAUAGAGGUUUUUAAAAUUACAGAUAUCUUUUAUAUUUCUAUGAAAAAGUAGUAAAAGAUUACUUUUGAAGAAGAUGGACUUCUAUUUAAAUGUUUAUGUGUGUUAUGAGUUUAAGGAUCUGUCAUUUCCUGUUUUAUCUGCUUUCAGUGAUUGUCAAUAAACUCUCAAAACAUCAUUUCAAGGCUCCAUACAGAUUGUGUCUGUUGACAGGCAAAUUUGAUAAUUUACUAGCGAAGUGCAAUUUACAGUGUUUGUAAUUUCUGUAAGAGAAAUUUUAGCAGUUAAAAAACUUGGAAGGGAAAAAUUGUAUACAUAGGUUAUAUCACUUGUAAUUAAAUAAAAUUCAGUUUGUGCUGAUAAGC